AUGGAGAAUAAGUAUUGCCGGCUUUUGUGGUGCCAUAUCUUGAACCAGGCGCUUUUGUCGCUUUCCACGUCCGUGUUAUCCGGAUCGGCACCACCUUUCGGGGAGAGACAUUCUGCGCCAUCAGACGAUAACCCAAACAACGCGUACGCUGUCUGGUGGCGCGGUCUUUGCGGUUUUGGCAAGGAUUGGAUACAGCAACUUGGUGAGGAGGAACGGCGCGACGUUGUUGGUUCCGAAUUGCAAGUCAUAAACCUUGCUUCGUUUUGCUGCUUUGAGGCGGGAUCAAGAACCGCGGCAUUGUUCCAUAAAAACAUCAUGGCGCUCGUUAUCGCGGAGGACGGCCUUGGCGGUGCUUUUAAUGGCUGUGAGAUCAUAGAGGUCGAGAUGCAGGAAGAUGAGCGAGCCUUUGGAUUCGGGGACAUGCGAUUUGAUCGCUGA